AUGUUACGUUCAAAAAAACAAAAAGCAAUAAGAUCGUUGGAACAUAUACCUGCAGAGAUCCUGGCUGAAAUCUUGAAGUGGCUUCCGUUAAUCUCAUUACUCCAAUUCCGAACAGUCUCAAAAACAUGGAAGCGUUUGAUCGACAGCCCCUGUUUCAUUGCUUUUUAUGGCGUUCGUCACCCUCUGCCCCGUCGUUUGAUUUUAAGAAUCGACGAUCUUUAUGCUAUUAAUGAGCAUAAAUUCUACUGUUAUGUUGAUGAUGAAGAUCAUCAAGAUAGGUUCUACCAAGAUAGCAUCUCCUCUCCCGACAUCCUUGCAGAUUAUCAAGGUUGUCCUUGUGGAGUGGGUAGCUCCCACGGUUUGGUGUGCUUUAAGAUACCUACUAACUAUAAGAGACAUUAUUUUCAUUCCGAGAUGGUUGUUCUUUGGAAUCUUUCGAUAAGGAAAUACGUUCGUAUUCCAGUGCCUGGCUCCCGAAAUCGGGAUGAUGUUAUUGGUUUUGGGGUUUGUCCUGUCACUUUUGAUCCUACUAUUCUCUCGAUUAAACGUAAGUCGAUUAAACGAAAGUGGAAAAUCGAAGAUAUGCCUCGCAUUAGCCUCUUUUGGAAUGUUCUCUCAAAACGUAAGUCGAAUAAACCUAAGUGGAAAACCGAAGAUAGGCCUGGCAUUAGCCUCCUUUGGAAUGUCCGAGUUUUCACUUUAAGCACCGGGACUUGGAGUACUCUGUCUACCAAUAUGCCUCGCGAAUCAAUUAGACUCAAAGGGUCUCAAGUUGUUAUCCAUAGGUUUAUUUAUUGGGCUGCUUUUGAUCAGCUUGAGUCCGAAGAUGGUCGAUCUCAAUCACUGAUCGUGUCUUUUGAUUUGAUUGCCAAAGAAUUUAAAGAGAUAAAUCUCACCGGUAAUUUAACCAACCCGCUUUGUAGUAUUCAUUCCAUUUCUAAGCUACGGGAAUCUCUUGUUUUGCUUGAAUACCAUAGAGAGUUUGAAGAACGCCUACCAAUUUGUUGUCUAUGGAUGAUGGAGGAGCAAGGUGUUGAUAGAUCAUUUACAAAGUUAUAUAACAUCAACGUGCCACAUGCCACAUUAAAGACAUUACUAGGAUUUACGAAGUUCGGUGACCUUUUACUGGUAACGCAAGAACAAGAAGAAGGUGACUAUGCCCACCUUAAAAUUUAUUAUCCCGACACAGAAGAGAUUUAUGACCUUGAGGAUGGAAACGAUUAUUCCUUCUUUAUGUGGUCUUAUACGGAAACACUGCUUUUGCUUGAUCACGCUAAUGGUUUUAAAUAUUCGAUACGUAACUAG